ACUCAACCAUGGUUAACCUCAUAACCCAACUCUAAAACGUUGCAUAAGUAAACCACGGUUGGUUUUUUUAAAAAGAGUCUUCUUCUUCGUACAAAACUUACCCAACUCCCCUCUCUCUCUUUCUUCUUCUCCAAACUCUUGUUUUCAUAUACCGUUUGGUUCUGCUGAAGUUUUGUUUAAGAUGAAUACGAGUGAUGUAGUAGGAUGGGAAGAUGAAGAUACUAGAUCCAUGGUCAGCGCCGUGUUAGGAAACUCAGCUUCUGACUUUCUCACAGCAAACUCAAACUCAAAUCAGAAUCUGUUUCUCGUCAUGGGAACCGACGAUGGUCUCAACGAGAAGCUCUCUCGCCUCGUGGAUUCUCCAAACCCCGAGAGUUUCAGCUGGAACUACGCCGUGUUCUGGCAGCAGACCGUGUCUAGAUCCGGACAGCAAGUCCUCGCUUGGGGAGACGGGUGUUGCCGCGAGCCCAAGGAAGAGGAAUCUAUGGCUUAUAACUUAGAGGAAGAGAUGAGGUGGCAGUACAUGAGGAAGAGAGUGCUUCAGAAGCUACACAGGAUGUUCGGUGGAUCCGAUGAAGACGACUACGCUUUGAGCUUAGAGAACGUUACGGCUACUGAGAUGUUCUUCUUGGCUUCGAUGUAUUUCUUUUUUAAUCACGGAGAAGGAGGUCCAGGAAGGUGCUUUGCUUCGGGGAGACACGUGUGGUUGUCGGAUGCGGUUGGCUCUGAUUAUUGUUUUAGGUCUUUUAUGGUUAAAUCAGCUGGGAUAAGGACUGUUGUUAUGGUUCCUACUGAUGCUGGUGUUCUUGAGCUUGGUUCUGUUUGGUCUUUGCCUGAGAAUGUAGAGUUGGUUAGGUCUGUUCAAGGUUUGUUCGCCAGGAGAGUUAAGCCACCAAACAUGAGCGGAGGAAAGAUUCACAAGCUUUUCGGACAAGAACUGAAUAGCUCACAUCACAACAAUAACGGCUCAACAAUUGGUUACACAUCUCAAGAAAUAGAUGUGAAAGUGCAAGAGAAUGUGAAUAUGGUUGUUGUAGACGAUAAGAAUCACAAGGUGAUGAAGACUUCUUGUAAUGAGAAAAGACCAGCGAGUUUAUUACCAGAAGGAGUGUCUGUUGUGGAGGAGAAGAGACCGAGGAAGCGAGGGAGGAAGCCUGCUAACGGGAGAGAGGAGGCGUUGAACCAUGUGGAAGCUGAGAGGCAGAGACGGGAGAAGCUUAACCAGAGAUUCUACGCGUUGCGAGCUGUAGUUCCAAACAUAUCUAAAAUGGACAAAGCUUCUUUACUUGGAGACGCGAUCUCUUACAUCAAAGAGCUUCAAGAGAGAGUAAAGAUCAUUGAAGCUGAAGCAGUAUCCGAGUCAAACACAAUGACCACUAAGGGAGAAGAGAGUCAAGAAGUUGUUGACGUUCAAGCUGGGGAAGAAGAGGUUGUUGUGAGAGUGGUCUCACCGUUGGAGUCACAUCCAGCAUCAAGAAUCAUACAAGCAAUGAGAAACUCAGAGGUUGUUAGUGUUAUGGAGUCUAAGCUUUCAUUAGCUGAAGAGACACUGUUUCACACUUUUGUAGUAAAGAAUAAUAACGGAUCGGAUCCAUUGACGAAAGAGAAGGUUAUAGCAGCUGCUUACCCGGAAACCAGCUUGACGCAGCAGCUAUUACUACCAUCUUCUAGUUCACAGGUCUCUGAUCCAAAAAUCAAAUCCGCUUCCGACGCCGCGAUGUCUCUCCGUCGUUCUCUCCUCGGCCUCCACCGCCAAACCCACAACCUCUCUCUCUCAAAGUCUUCACCUUUCUCGAUCACCAACAUCUCCUCCCCUUCCGCCGCCGUGAUCGGAAGAGAAAUCUCCUCGAUCCCAUUUUCACUGACCCAGAAACUCAAACCGGACUCAAGUAAUCUCGUCGCCGAUCGUUCUCGCGGGCAAUCUCAGCUGGCUCGUCUCCCGUCUUCUCGAGGCUACAGCAACGCGUCUCUCGUACGGAAGAUCCCUGUUCUGUUCCACAUCAACGCGGGAAUGGAGGAGGUUUUGGCGGAUUACGUUCACCAAGAGCUGACCAGGAAUCUCAUGGUGAUCUCUCUGGGGUUGUUCCAGAUCAUUGUUAUCAAAGACGUCGUCGUUUUUCUUUUCUUCUGAGCAAAAGGAAUCAUCUUUUGGGGUGAUAACACUGAGCUAAAAGUCAUUCCUUUUUUAUCUUUCUUCUUGUAUGAAUAAGAACAUUGAUGAAAUUGUCAUCUUAAUCUUUCUAAGCUUCUUUGUCUGGUCUAUUUGAUUUAGUUUAUGUUGGAAUAAAAGAGAAGUUUUCUCA